AUGAUGAUGGUGAAAAUGAAAGGCUUUUGGUUUGGAAUUGGGGUAGGAAUCUUCUCGGCUAUUGUUGUUUUCGUUAUUGGGCUUAAAGGAGCUAUGCAGAGCUCAACGAUCUUCUUCUCUGGUGGUGUUGUUCCUCCUCCUUCUCUACGUGUCAAGUCGGUUCUCACUCCAGCCACCGAUCGUAGUUCCAUGGCGACAUCGUCUAAUGGGCCUAAGUGGGCUCAGAAAACCAUCACGCUUCCACCGCAACGCCGUGGAUGUCAUCUUAUCACUCCCAAGAUUCUGAAGGAAAUUGGACAAGACUUGUCUGAUUUUAACUGUGGUCUUGCUCAUGUCUUCUUGCAACACACAAGUGCUUCUCUUACAAUAAAUGAGAACUAUGAUCCAGAUGUUCAGGCUGACACUGAGACUUUCCUCAACAGGAUUGUUCCUGAGGGGAGUUCAGCUCCUUGGAGACAUACCAUGGAAGGUCCAGAUGACAUGCCAGCUCAUAUCAAAUCAUCAAUGUUUGGAUGUCAACUCACAAUCCCAAUAACAAAAGGAAAACUUAACAUGGGAACUUGGCAGGGAAUAUGGCUAUGUGAACACCGUGAUGAUCCAACAUCACGCAAAGUUGUGGUCACACUCAAUGGAAUCUAGAGAUAUCUCUUCAUGUUUUGAAACAAUGAUCUGGAUCAAGAAAACACAUGAUCUCUCUUUAUACAAAAAGAAAAAGAAUGUGCUCUCUGCAGAGGAAAGAGCAUCAUAUAAAGGUUCUUUGAGACAAGGAAUAUAAAGAUAGAACAAUGGUACAUGAUGGGAAAAUGAGUAUGAAAAAUGAAUCAACACAACCUUUUUGUCUGGGAUUUUUAUUAUUGUUUUGUUACCUCCAAGCUCCAUAUCUUCUAAAUUCAUAUAUUUUAUUCCUUCUUUGAGAAACC